GCCGAGCCUACUGCGGACAAAGGCGGCGGCGGCGGCCUGGGCAUGGCGGUGGGCGGCGGGUGAGCUGCGGUGCUGAGCGGGGCGGAGCGGAGCGGGGAGCGCCCUGCGGCGGGGCCGGCGCGGAGCGGCCAUGGGGUUCCUGCACCAGCUCCAUCUCCUGCUCUGGAAGAACGUGACGCUGAAGCGGCGCAGCCCGUGGGUGCUGGCUUUUGAGAUUUUCAUCCCACUGGUGCUCUUCUUCAUCCUCCUGGGACUGCGGCAGAAGAAGCCAACCAUCCCUGUGAAGGAAGUCUCUUUCUACACGGCGGCCCCACUCACCUCGGCUGGGAUCCUGCCUAUCAUGCAGUCCCUGUGUCCCGAUGGCCAGCGUGAUGAGUUUGGCUUCCUGCAGUACUCCAACUCCACGGUGACGCAGCUCCUGGAGCACCUCAGUGAGGUGGUGGAGCAGAGUAACUUGUUCGACCCAGACCACCCGGGCCUGGAGGAGGAGCUGGAGUCCCUGCGUCGGCGCCUGGAGGCACUCAGCAGCAGCGAGCCCAGCUCCAUGGACACCCACUUCAGCAGCCAAGCAGGGUCUGGCUUCACACUGGGGUGGGCAGCCAAGGACCAGGGCGAGCUGCAGCGCUUCCUCACGCAGAACCUGUCCCUUCCCAAUGGCACGACCGAGCUCCUCUUGGGCUCCAGCAUUGACCUGCAGGAGGUAUACCACCUGUUGUUUGGCUCGUCUCCUUUGGCACCGGACAAUAUCCAUGAGCAAGACCUGUGGGAUUGGUUUGGACCCAGUGACAAAAUCUCACAGCUGGAGAAGAGCCUCCCCAGCGGCUGGAGAAGCCUGCGGGAAGGGCUGGUCCACAGUGCACUGCGCAACCCCUCCACAGCCCUGCAGAGGCCGGCGUUGCUCCGCCUGCUCUCCCAGGCCCUGGGCCUUGCCAGUGCCACCACAGCACCUACAGGCUCCUACAGCCCCCAGGCCUUCGUCACUGAGAUGGAGCUCCCUGCCCUGCAGGGUGUUCUCUUCACAGCACCAGUGCUGGAGCAGCUGACAUGCGAGCAGAGCUCUGGGACGCUGCACCGCCUCCUGCGUGUGGCCCCAAGCCAGCAGCCACUGCUGCAGGCAUACCGUGCGCUGGCAUGCAAUGGCAGCCGGGCAGCCCGCGAGGAGCGCUUUGCCCUGCUGGCUGCUGAGCUGCGGGACCAGCUGGAUGUCCCCAAGAUCAUCAGCAGGCUGCAACUGGAUGAGGUGAACAGCACAGCAGCCCAGCACCGGCUCCGCACCCUCCUAGAGGACCUCAUGGAGAUGGAGAAGGUUCUCCGCGACAUGGACAUCCUCUCAGCACUGGCCAGGCUCCUGCCCAGGGGAGCCUGCACCAGCAAGGCUCCACCACCUACCACCAACAGCACUGGCUGGGCCAGCGCUAAUGCCACGGCCAACAAUGCCACAGUGGAAGAGGAGGGUGCCAGGGGGGACCUGGCUGGCGGUGACAACCCCCAGGGGCAGUUCUCAGCCUUUGUGCAGCUUUGGGCUGGUCUGCAACCCAUCCUCUGUGGCAACAACCGGACAAUUGAACCUGAGGCACUGAAGCAGGGCAACAUGAGCUCUCUGGGCUUCACCAGCAAGGAACAGCGAAACCUAGGACUCCUCGUACAUCUUAUGACCAGCAACCCCAAAAUUCUUUAUGCUCCUGUGGGUACCGAAGUGGACAAGGUCAUCCUGAAGGCCAACGAGACCUUUGCCUUUGUGGGCAAUGUCACCCACUAUGCCAAGGCAUGGCUGAACAUAUCACCUGAGAUCCGGGCCUACCUAGAAGAGGGCAGGCUGCAGAGACGCAUCCGCUGGCUCCAGCAGUUCACCACUGACCUCCACAAGCACCCAGAGAUCCUGAAUGUCUCCGAAAAUGACCUUCUCCACAACUUUCUCAACGGCAACUUCUCACUGCCCAAUGCCAGUGUCCUGCUCCAGCAGCUGGACACUAUUGAUAAUGCUGCCUGUGGCUGGGUCCACUUCAUGGCCAAGGUCAGUGUGGACAUCUUCAAGGGCUUCCCAGAUGAGGAGAGCAUCGUCAACUACACACUGAACCAGGCCUACCAAGACAACGUCACAGUCUUUGCCAGUGUAAUCUUCCAGACCAACAGGGAUGGCUCACUGCCCCCACACGUCAUGUACAAGAUCCGGCAGAACUCCAGCUUCACAGAGAAGACCAAUGAGAUCCGGCGUGCAUACUGGCGGCCUGGACCCAACACUGGUGGCCGCUUCUACUUCCUCUAUGGCUUCGUCUGGAUCCAGGACAUGAUGGAGCGUGCCCUCAUCAACACUUUUGUUGGCCAUGAUGUGGUGGAGCCUGGCAACUAUGUGCAGAUGUUCCCAUACCCAUGUUACACCCGGGACGACUUUCUCUUCGUCAUUGAGCACAUGAUGCCCCUGUGCAUGGUGAUCUCCUGGGUCUACUCAGUAGCCAUGAUGAUCCAGCAUAUUGUGACAGAGAAGGAACAUCGCCUGAAAGAGGUCAUGAAGAUGAUGGGCUUGAACAAUGCAGUGCAUUGGGUGGCUUGGUUCAUCACCGGCUUUGUCCAGCUCUCCAUCUCAGUCACAGCACUCACUGCAAUCCUGAAGUAUGGCAAGGUCCUGAUGCACAGUGACGUCCUCAUCAUCUGGCUCUUUCUUGCCAUUUAUGCUGUGGCCACCAUCAUGUUCUGUUUCCUGGUGUCAGUGCUCUACUCCAAGGCCAAGCUGGCUUCUGCUUGCGGAGGCAUCAUCUACUUCCUCAGCUACGUGCCCUACAUGUAUGUGGCCAUCCGGGAGGAGGUGGCGCAUGACAAGAUCACAGCCUUUGAGAAGUGCAUUGCGUCUCUCAUGUCAACCACGGCCUUUGGGCUGGGCUCCAAGUACUUUGCACUGUAUGAGGUAGCUGGUGUGGGCAUCCAGUGGCACACCUUCAGCCAGUCGCCUGUGGAAGGAGAUGACUUCAACCUCCUGCUGUCCAUGAUGAUGCUGAUCAUAGAUGCCGUGGUGUACGGGGUGCUCACGUGGUACAUUGAGGCUGUGCACCCGGGCAUGUUUGGCCUGCCGCGGCCCUGGUACUUCCCCUUCCAGAAGUCCUACUGGCUGGGAAAUGGACGAGUGGAGACCUGGGAGUGGACCUGGCCCUGGUCCCGUACCACCCGCCUCAGCAUCAUGGAAGAGGAUCAGGCCUGCGCCAUGGAGAGCAGGAGGCUGGAGGAGACACGGGGAAUCGAGGAGGAGCCAACCCACCUCCCCUUGGUCGUCUGCAUUGACAAGCUCACCAAGGUCUACAAGACAGACAAGAAGCUGGCACUGAACAAGCUGAGCCUUAACCUCUAUGAGAACCAGGUGGUGUCCUUCCUGGGGCACAAUGGUGCAGGCAAAACCACCACCAUGUCCAUCCUGACUGGCUUGUUCCCUCCGACCUCGGGCUCCGCUACCAUCUAUGGCCACGAUAUACGGACAGAGAUGGAUGAGAUCCGAAAAAACCUGGGCAUGUGUCCCCAGCACAAUGUGCUCUUUGACAGGCUGACAGUGGAGGAGCACCUCUGGUUCUACUCACAGCUCAAGAGCAUGGCAGAGGAGGAGAUCCGCAAGGAGAUGGACAAGAUGAUUGAGGACCUGGAGCUCUCCAACAAACGCCAUUCCCUGGUGCAGACCCUCUCAGGAGGCAUGAAGAGGAAGCUGUCAGUGGCCAUUGCCUUUGUAGGUGGGUCACGGGCUGUGAUCCUGGACGAACCCACGGCUGGAGUCGAUCCAUAUGCACGCAGGGCCAUCUGGGACCUCAUCCUCAAGUACAAGCCAGGGAGGACCAUCUUGCUGUCCACUCAUCACAUGGAUGAGGCUGACCUGCUGGGAGACCGCAUCGCCAUCAUCUCCCAUGGCAAGCUCAAGUGCUGUGGUUCCCCACUCUUCCUCAAGAGCACCUAUGGUGAUGGCUACAAGUUGACGGUGGUGAAGAAGCAGUCAGACACCAGAACCAGCACAGAGCCAGGCCAGCCCCACAGUCCUCUAGGCCACUCCUCCGUCAGCCCCUGCUCUGAGCCCCGCGUCUCCCAGUUCAUCAAGAAAUACGUGGCCUCCUGCCUCCUCAUCUCGGACACCAACACUGAGCUCUCCUACAUCCUGCCCAGCGAGGCUGUCAAGAAGGGCUGCUUUGAGAGGCUCUUCCAGCACUUGGAGCAGAGUCUGGAGGAACUUGACCUCACCAGUUUUGGGCUGAUGGACACCACACUCGAGGAGGUCUUCCUGAAGGUGUCUGAGGAGGACCAGUCCUUGGAGAACAGUGAUGUGGACAUGAAGGAGUCCAAGAAGGAUGCCCUCCAGCCACCUGCCCCUGAACUGGACCCAAAGCCAGAGGCCAAUGGGGAGCCCCUGGCUGAGGCAGACGUGCCUGAGAAGCCCGAGGUAGAGCUCAGCAACCUGGUGACAUGCUCCAAGCUGGCGCAGUCGCAGGCGUCCUUGCGCUCUGCCUCCUCAGUGGGCUCCGUGCGGGGCGACGAAGGUGGGGCUUAUUCUGAGUUCUUUGGGGAUUACUCUCCAUUGUUUGACAAUCAUCAGGACCCUGACAACAUCAGUCUGCAAGACCAAGAGGCCGAUGUGGAGGCAGAGGACCAUGACCUGGCUGGGCAGGGGACUUUCAAGCUGGAGGGCUCGUGGCUGAAGCUGCGCCAGUUCCACGGGCUGAUCGUAAAACGCUUCCACUGUGCCAAGCGCAACACCAAGGCCCUCUUCUCUCAGAUCCUCCUGCCUGCCUUCUUUGUCUGCGUGGCCAUGACUGUGGCACUCUCAGUGCCUGAAAUAGGUGACCUGCCACCCCUCAUCCUCUCGCCAUCACAGUACCACAAUUAUACCCAGCCCAAGGGCAAUUUCAUUCCUUAUGCCAACGAGGAGCGGCGUGAGUACCGCUUGAGGCUGUCUCCUGACGCCAGCCCCCAGCAGCUAGUGAACACCUUCCACCUGCCCUCUGGCAUUGGGGCCACCUGCGUGCUCAAGACAGCCUUCAACAACACACUGGACCAGCCCAUGCAGACCCUGAACCUCAAUAGCAAUGAGUCCAAGAUGCUGGCGGCCAAGUACUUUGAUGCUAUGUGCAUCGACUCCUUCACGCAGGGCCUGCCGCUCUCCAACUUCGUGCCACCACCUCCAUCCCCAGCUCCUUCUGACUACCCCAUCUCAGUGGAUGAGGACUUGCUGCAUGCUUGGAACUCCACAACCUUCUCUUCUGCUAUCAAAGAGACAGUCACCUCGGCUCCUGCCCUGCCCCAGAUCAUCCAUGAGCCUAUCAAGUGCACAUGCUCCAUGCAGGGGACUGGUUUCUCCUGCCCCAGUGGUGUGGGAGGCCACCCCCCACAGAUGAAGGUGGUAACGGGGGACAUCCUGGCAGACAUCACGGGGCGCAACGUCUCUGAGUACCUGCUCUACACAUCGGACCGCUUCCGUCUGCACAGGUACGGGGCACUCACCUUUGGCAAUGUCCAGAAAUCCAUCCCAGCCUCCUUUGGGGCCAGGGCCCCUGCCAUGGUGCGCAAGAUCGCCGUCCGGAGAACAGCCCAGGUCUUCUACAACAACAAGGGCUACCACAGCAUGCCCACCUACCUCAAUGCUCUCAACAAUGCCAUCCUACGAGCGAACCUGCCCAAGAGCAAAGGCAACCCUGCUGCCUAUGGCAUCACAGUCACCAACCAUCCCAUGAACAAGACAAGCGCCAGCCUGUCCUUGGAUUACCUUCUGCAAGGCACAGACGUGGUGAUUGCCAUCUUCAUCAUUGUGGCGAUGUCCUUUGUGCCUGCCAGCUUUGUGGUGUUCUUGGUGGCUGAAAAGGCCACUAAGGCCAAACACCUGCAGUUUGUGAGUGGCUGUGACCCUGUCAUCUACUGGUUGGCCAACUACGUGUGGGAUAUGUUGAACUACCUGGUACCGGCCACGUGCUGUAUCAUUAUCCUUUUCGUGUUUGACCUCCCGGCAUACACCUCUCCCACCAACUUCCCAGCCGUCCUCUCACUCUUUCUGCUGUAUGGCUGGUCCAUCACCCCCAUCAUGUACCCUGCCUCCUUCUGGUUUGAGGUGCCCAGCUCUGCCUACGUCUUCCUCAUCGUCAUCAACCUCUUCAUUGGCAUCACUGCCACUGUCGCCACGUUUCUGCUGCAGCUCUUUGAGCAUGACAAGGAUUUGAAGGUGGUGAACAGCUACCUGAAGAGCUGCUUCCUUGUAUUCCCUAACUACAACCUGGGCCAUGGCUUGAUGGAGAUGGCUUACAAUGAAUACAUAAAUGAGUACUACGCCAAGAUUGGGCAGUUUGAUAAAAUGAAAUCGCCUUUUGAAUGGGACAUUGUGACGCGUGGGCUUGUUGCCAUGACAAUCGAAGGCUUCGUCGGCUUCUUCAUCACCAUCAUGUGCCAAUACAACUUCUUCCGGAAGCCCCAGCGGCUCCCUGUCUCCACCAAGCCCAUUGAAGACGACAUUGAUGUAGCCAAUGAGCGGCACCGUGUCCUGCGCGGGGAUGCUGACAAUGACAUGCUGAAGAUUGAAAAUCUCACCAAGGUGUACAAGUCCCGCAAGAUUGGGCGCAUCCUGGCCGUGGAUCGGCUGUGUGUGGGCGUGCGGCCUGGGGAGUGCUUUGGGCUGCUGGGUGUCAAUGGUGCAGGAAAGACAACUACCUUCAAGAUGCUGACAGGGGAUGAGAGCACCACAGGAGGAGAGGCCUUCGUUAAUGGGCACAGCAUCCUGAAGGAGCUCCUGCAGGUCCAGCAGAGCUUGGGCUACUGCCCCCAGUUCGAUGCGCUCUUUGACGAGCUGACAGCCCAGGAGCACCUGGAGCUCUACACCCGCCUGCGUGGCAUCCCGUGGAAGGACGAGGAGCGGGUAGUCAAGUGGGCACUGAAGAAGCUCGAGCUGACCAAAUAUGCUGACAAGCCUGCCAGCACCUACAGUGGAGGCAACAAGAGGAAGCUGUCCACAGCCAUCGCAUUGAUUGGAUACCCAGCAUUCAUCUUCCUGGAUGAGCCAACGACGGGGAUGGAUCCCAAGGCACGGCGCUUCCUAUGGAACCUAAUCCUGGAUGUCAUCAAAACUGGCCGCUCCGUGGUGCUCACGUCCCACAGCAUGGAAGAAUGUGAGGCGCUCUGUACCCGCCUGGCCAUCAUGGUGAAUGGGCGGCUCAAAUGUCUCGGCAGCAUCCAGCACCUGAAAAACAGGUUUGGAGAUGGCUACAUGAUCACAGUGCGCACAAAGUCCAGCCUCAACGUCAAGGAGGUGGUGAGGUUCUUCAACCGCAACUUUCCUGAGGCCAUCCUCAAGGAGCGGCACCACACUAAAGCCCAGUACCAGCUCAAGUCAGACCAGAUCUCACUGGCACAGGUCUUCAGCAAGAUGGAGCAGGUGGUGGAUGUGCUGGGCAUUGAAGACUACUCUGUCAGCCAGACUACGCUGGACAAUGUGUUUGUGAAUUUUGCCAAGAAGCAAAGCGACAACCUGGAACAGCAGGAGACAAGCCCUAGCUGUGCAAUGCAGUCACCCUUGGAGCGUGUGCUGAGCCUGCUGCGCCCACGGGCCACCCCCACAGAGCUGCAGGCCCUGGUGGUGGAGGAGCAGGAGGACCUGGAAACUGAUGAUGAAGGCCUCAUCAGCUUCGAGGAGGAGAGGGCUCAGCUCUCAUUCAACACGGACACGCUGUGCUGAGACACUGAGGGGGGGGAGCCACAUCCCCUGGCUGUGAAGCCACCAAAUACUUUUUGCCUCUCCUCUCCCUUCGUCCCUGUUGAGUGGACACAGUCGGCAUGGGGAUGCGGGGGAUUGCCCCCACAUGCCCAGGGGGUCAAGCCCUGCUGCUUGAAAGGACACAGUGGGUGCGGUACCAGCCUGGAUGGACUCUGAACCAAUGGCCACCAGCCGGCCUUUGUCCCCUGCAGCUCUGGGGCAACUCCUCACGAUACCAGCAGGGGUUGCCAUCCUUGCCAGCUUGCCCAGCUGGUGCGUGCCACGGACGGAGACUGUGAACAGAAGGACACUACAUUGCAACAGUGCUGCCAGCCCUGUGUGUCCCAUGCUGGUAGGGAAGAGGCCUAUGAGAGUGGUGCCUUUGGACACCCACUUUUGCACCCACCCCAGGGAAUCCUGGCCAUGGGGAUACCCAUCACCACCCCAGGCCUGGCCCUGGCAUGGCCAGAGGAAGGACUGCUGCUUUUUCUUUGUUUCCAUCACCUGCUGGGCUUGGCACUUGCUCAUGGCAUCACGGGACUCGUUGGCCCAGCACUGCAAAGGCAGGAGCUCCAGUGCUUCACCCUUGUUUGAUUUCUGUUGCCAGCGCUGCUGACAGAACAUCACUUGCAACCUCAAGCCUGCUGGAGACAGGGAUUCAGCCCUGCUGGUGCUUCUGCCAGCUGAGGGGUUUGGCCCUGCCAGCUUGCAACCUUGUCCAGGGCUGCCUCUGCCAGGUGCCAGUGCUUGCCCUGGCUCUGCCAAGCCUUUUCCUUGCUUGCUCUGGGCACUCAGUGCCAUUCCUGGGGCAGGGCACUGGUGCCCAUGCAGAGAGGCACAUGGUGGGGCACAGAGGUAUUUCACAGGGUAUUUCACAUGCUGGCACCGUCUGUUUUUCCACUCUGCCCCCAACCAUGUCCCAGAGCCCCUCACCCUGCCCUCCUGCCUGCCAUCACACUGCUUCUCUCAGUGAGCAUUAGGCACAGGGCAUCGCUGCAACUGUGCCACCUUUCUGCUGUCACCCAUCCUUUUCUCCCUUGCCCUAGCACUCAUUGCUCAGAGUCUGGCCCAGUGUGGGAGCUACUUGUACUGGAUUGUUAUUGUUGGUUCACUGAUGGCACUGGGAGAGGGGACUGCUGCACCCCAGUAUGGCUUUUGAGUCUGGGGAAGGGGAGGUGGCCUCAAGGUGUGAGGACAAGGCAGCCUGACUCUGCACUGGUUCAGCCUGGCAGAGGUACCUGGAGUGUUGGGGAGGGAAGGAUUGAGGCCAGCAUCUGUGGCCCUGCGUGUCACCUGGGGCAGGCAGCAGGCACCCCUCAGGUGGCAGUGCCCCUCCUUUCUGCAGAGGGUCUUGCCACCGCGUCACCCAUGGGGGCAGUGCCCAGCCCACUGUGACACCCCCAGCCCACUGCUUUUCAGCAUCCCACAGCUGUGCCAAAGCAGGGGUGACCUCCAGGCUCAUGAUGCUAACCCUGACCACCCACCCUAUGCCCUGGGACGUCUGCAGCACCCUGGUGUGUCCAUCCAGAGCUGCCAUACUGCACAGUGCGACCAUUCAUGGCUGCCUCCAUCCUGGAGGUCUUGCUGGCCUUUCCAGUCUCCCUGGCACAGGUGUAGGCUCAGCCCUGGGCCCCGUAGACCCAGGUGCCACCUUGCCCUCUGCUGUGCCCAUGCCUCUCCCAGGGCUCACCACUCCUGUAUGCCACCUCCUAUAGAUUGUGAUACAAUAUACAGUAUUUUCAAUAGGGGAAAAAUUGGGGGGAGAUAAGCUCUAUUUUCAGAUUUUUCAGACCAUAUAUUUUUUAUGGCAUACUGGAAACUGGCUGGUCCCUGGGUGGUGCAGAUGGUGCAGACAGUGCGCCACACUGUGCUGGGUGGGUGCUGGGGUACAAGCAAAGUCCAGGCUAGCUCUCAGUCUCUGCUGCCAUGGAGAGAUAGUGUCACCUGCAGGCUUUCAGGUGUCACCUUGGAGGUGGCACAGAUCAGCGCCCUCUGGGCACCCAAGGGGGGGGGCAUGGUGCCCUACACUACUGCAGUGGCCAGCUCUGGCCAGGCAGGGCUUCAUCCUCACCCCACACUUGUCCUGCUGCUGUGCCUCUUGGGGCUCCUCAGACAAGGAGAACCCGCCAGUGCUCCCAUCAGCAGAUCUGUGCCCACCUGGUGCCGUGCCACUGUACUACUGUCCUUGGAUGGUCAAUAUAGAAGCUUUUGUGCCCCUAGCACAAUGUGUCCAGGGCACACUUAGCAGCCUGGGUGGCUGUAGUGGCCUCCCCAUCCUAGGUGCAAGGCUGCCCUUGACCCUGGAGCACCCUGAGGGUGGUUGCACAGACUGGUGCCCCAUGGCAGCGAGGCUGGAGUGGCGCAGCAUUGCCCGAGGUGGAGGUGACUGCUGCCUUAACAUUAUUUGCUUUAUUGAGUUUGGCCCUGCUUCCCACCUUGCCUCCCUCCACACAUCCUCAGAUGCCAGCACCUGUGCCAUGCACAGCCCCAAGUGUGGGGCACCCCGAUGGGUGGAGAUGCUCUGGAGAAGCCUGUACAUUGCUAGCAAAAGAUGAAAUGUGAAAAUAAUGAUUGUUUUAAAUAAAAAAUAACAACUGAAGCCA